AAACAACUUGUCAUGGUCUCGAAAUGAUUUUAAAUUUAUAGUUUUACUAAUUUACAAUCUGCAGUUAAUGUCUUCUCUGUCAUUUUUACACUUUGAGGACCGGAUUGGACCCUCUGGAGGACCGCUUUUGGCCCACGGGCUGCAUGUUUGACACCACUGUGGGUAGCUCAUUCCUCAUGUUCUAGUUAAUGUUUUAUUUUGAAAGGAUUUCCCACAAGCGGCAGUGGCGCUGAUCAGACGGGUCACAGUUGUCGCCGUUAGCAGACGAACCGGGGGCUGGGUCCGGAAAACGGAACAAACCUACCAAAGUCCGGUUCUGUGUGCAGAGACCCGAGAUGGACCGACACCCGGAACCGCUGGCUGUGGACAUUAAGCUCGAAACGGAGCAGCAGAGUGCCGACUUUCAGCAAAGCGAAGACAAAUGUGUCCUUAAAAAGGAGAACUGCAGCGUGGACCAGGAGGACUCAAAGCCCCCCUACAUUAAACAGGAGCAGGAGGAACUGUGGGGCAGUGAGGAGGCAGAUAUCACCAACUCCACCUUCAGACCUGCUCCUGUGAAGACUGAAGAUGAUGAAGUCUCAGAUGUUCACCACCUGCAAAUUAAGAGGAUCUGGAGCCUGAACCAGAUGAACCAGGAAGACCCAGAGCCCCGACACAUCAAACAGGAGCAGGAGGAACUGUGGAGCAGUAAGUCAGAGCCAGUCUGGAACUCUCCAGGGAGACGUUUAGAACCAGACUCUAAGCCUUCUGAGCUUCCAGGGUGUAAUGUGGAGGAUUCUAAUGGUGAUAGCCAGGACCGCAGUGAACGUCAGUCCAUUUUAAAGUCCCUGAAAAUCGUCAAAGUGCCAUUGAGAAAAAUGAGAUGUAGUAUCAGCAAGAAAACGUACAGCUGCAAAGAGUGCGGGAAGAUGUUUGGCCGCAGUCCACACCUGAAGAUGCACAUGAGGACUCACACUGGAGAGAGACCGUUCAGCUGCUCCAUCUGCGGGAAAAGCUUUGCUCAGAAGGUGAACCUGACGUAUCACAUGUCCGUCCACACCGGCGAGAAACCCUUUAGGUGCCGCUUCUGCAAGAAGAAAUUCACCUGGUACAGUCAGCUCAAGAAUCAUCAGUGUGAUUAUGACUUUUCAGAGCUUCCUCAACCCGAAUCUGAGGAGGACAACAAUACAGAGAAAGUCUUCACUUGCUCUGAGUGCGGCAAAAUAUUCAGCCGCAAGCACAACAUGAGCAUACACAUGAGGAUCCACACUGGAGAGAGACCGUUCAGCUGCUCCGUUUGCCAGAAGAGCUUCAAACAUGGAGGACACCUGACACAGCACAUGGCUGUCCAUGCUAAGGAGAACCGCUUCAACUGCUGCAUUUGUGACAAAAAAUUCACGUGGCUUUACGAGCUCAGACGACACUCGUGUGGUAGUGAGUCCUCUCAGACGCAAGAACCCCAAACUAAUCAGGAGGGUGAGGUCAUGGUCACUUCUGUCACUGCGAAGAGUAAAGAGGUUAAAGAGAAACCUCAGCUUUAUCACAGAGACUCUGAGCAACAACCACAACCACAUAUUGAAGACACGAAAGGAACCAAAGAGUCUGUGAGUGUCCCUGCAGGUAAUGCAGGAUGUAAGCUGAGCAGAAGGUCGUUCAGCUGCUCCGAGUGCGGCAAGACAUUUGUCCGAAAACAGCAUCUGCAGGCCCAUGCCAGAAUCCACACCGGAGAGAGACCAUUCAGCUGCUCUAUCUGUGGUAAAACGUUUGGCUGCCAGCGGUCGCUGCUGGGUCACAUGAACAGUCACACUGGAGAGAAACCCUUUAACUGCUCUCAGUGUGGAAAACGAUUUGCCCGCAUGGUCAACCUGAAAACCCACGAGAGGAUUCACACAGGCGAGCGUCCGUUCAGCUGCCCCUUCUGUGGAAAAGGUUUCACUCAGAAGUGUCACAUGACUCAGCACAUGGCUGUCCACACAGGUCAGAAACAAUUCACCUGCAGCGUCUGUGACAAGAAGUUCACGUGGCUGUCAGGCUUCAAGCGACACAAAUGUGGCUGUCAGCAGGAAGACCAUGAUGACAACCAGAUUGAAGAAAAGUCAGAGGUAGCACCAGGCGAGAAACCGUUUCACUGCCGUGAGUGUGGUAACAGGUUCAGUCAUAAACACAAUCUGAAAACACACAUGAAGAUUCACACAGGAGAGAAACCGUUCAGCUGCUCCGUGUGCAGUAAAGGUUUUUUAGCGAGUGGAGCUCUGAAGAAACACCUGAGGACUCACUCAGGUGAGAAACCCUUCAGUUGCUCCGUCUGUGGCAUCAGGUUCACUCAGGGAGGAAACCUAAAAAGGCACAUGAUGCAACACACUGGGAAGGCCAGAGAGAAACCAUUUCACUGCUCAGUGUGUGGUAAAGGCUUUACACAGGUGUCGAACAUGAAGCGACACAUGGAAAAACAGAAACACGUCAGCCACGGGAAGACGAAGCUGUGACCAGCUCAGAACAUUGACCAGAAGAAAAUGGAAGCCUGCUGACAUAUGACAGCAAACCAUCGGACUGCUCAUAGCACUUGUUUCAUUAUUACCUCCGCCAAGGAGGUUAUGUGACACCCGGCGUUUGUGUGUCUGUCUGUCUGUCUGUUAGCAAGAUAACUCAAAAACGCCUGGGCAGAUUCAGAUGAAAUUUUGAGGGGAUGUAGACUAUGGUAAGAGGAAGAGCUGAUUUAAUUUUGGUGGCAAUCCGGAAAGGAUCCUGGAUUCUGGAUCACUUUGAAUUUUUUAGUAUGUUUUAGUAUGUGGUCCAAAAUAUGACAAAAACAUCAUAGGUUAGUAUGUCGUCCAACAAAUUGGAACAAGGUGUCCAGAUAGCUCAACUGGUUAAGAAGGUGAUUCGUAAACAGAACUGUGUCAGAGACGCAGGUUCGAUUCCAGCUCAUGAUUCUUUACUGCAUGGGUUUCCUGUUUUCCUCUCUAUCCUUGGCGGAGGUCUGCACUCUCUGAGUGCUUUUCUAGUUUUAAAAGUGUGAUAUCAGAUCAGAAUAUAUAUAUUUUUUUAAUAAGUUUAAAUGUGUUUCAGUCCCCACAAGUUGCACAUCUGAAAUGUGUUUAUGAUGUAAACCGCCUUAAAAAAAAAAAAAAGGGAAAUCAGGAAGUUUUCCACUGCAGAAAUUUACAGACUGUUUUGGAGAUACCUGGGGCCUCAUUUAUAAAACAUUGCGUAGGAUCCAUACUCAAAGUUUGCGUACGCUGAAAAUCUGAAAUGGGCUUAUGCCCUUCGCCCCUGAUUUAUAAAACUGUGUGUAAGCACAGCUGCACACAAUUUCCUUAUAAAUCACACACCAGCUGGAAGAUUGGACAGGUGGAUCCACCUCACAUUCCGCCCACAACACACCCACAUUUUACCAUGAAUGGUCAAUGCAAAGUAACUCAUGAAUGUAGCUGUAUAUAAAUAAGCUGCUGAUCCACGGCAUUUUACGCAGCGCCAGCCUGCAGUCUUUUCCCCACACUGCUGUGCGUCAGGGUGAAUGAAUCAUGUGUUGACCCAGGCCACCCUGCCACUAAAUUUGUUAUGACCAUGUCCGAUGUACAAAUAAUUUGUAAACUGAUUGAAUGUACAUUUUUUCGGUUCACAUAGACAAAUUCAUCUUCACUCGGAGCCCUUACAGCAACAUGAGUGCAGUCAGUUACGCCGAUUACAUUUGGAAACCGGACAUCGCUGCAAAUUGCCGUUUAAUGUUGGCCUGUUCACCCACAGUGUAAGGAAACCUGAUGUACUGACUGGUCAUGUUUAUAAUGUCAUCCAAAGCAGCUGGCAUUAUUGCGCUGAGGGAUGGUUGUGAUAUCCCAGACCUAAAGGACAUCAUUUAACUGUAUAUCAGACCCAGAUAGGAUUUAGACAACAAAUGUAACCUCAUAUAUUCUUCAUAUAAAACACAGACCUGUCGGCCACUUAACGCUGGAAGAAGCCGGUUUCGCCAGAAACCCCCGAGUCGUCAGCUCCUGUGUCUGUACCGGGAUGGCGUGGUUUUGGCAGGUGGGUCUGUCUACAACGGCCCAGUUCAGCACAUAGAUCCAAGAGUACUGCUCUAGGGAAUCUGAAUCGGCUUAUUAGCCAGUCAUCGUCCAGGAAAUCCCCGUUUAUCCCUAAAGUCUCUCUCCAUUCUUAACGUGAUCUUCCAGCAAUGCCAGCGCAUCCAUUGUGCCACAUUACACACGGCUGUCACCCGCUAUUUAUCUGCUUGAUCAGCGAUUGGACUGAUUGUCACAGGCCUUUUCCAAAUUAGUAAUCAAUCAGUGUCACUCACCGCUCUAUAUCAUUUGAAGAUGGAAGUUUGAUAUAUGAACAUAGUUCUGCAAAUACAGUCGUAGGCCGAAUAGCGCACUAUAUGAACAUCUACAACAACGAGGGUUUAUGAUUAUCCGACUCUACAAGUCUAAUAUGUGAUAACAAUAAAGGUUUGAGAUCAAUCCGGCUUCAAUUCACCACUUCACCCUCCGGCACUGCUGUUCCCUCUGUCUCCAAAAUGUGCUUAAGCAAGCAUCAAAGUUGGUGCACCGGUGCGCACAUUCUCACGCCAAGUUUGUUUUUAGAAAUCACAACGUACACAACGUACACCACUUUCUACGCAAAGGUUGUGAUUUACACCACUUUCUAGCCCUGUUUUGUGCGUACGCAAGCAUCAAGCAUCAAGGUUGGCGCACCGGUGCGCACAUUCUCAUGCCAAGUUUGUUUUUUUAAAUCACAACCUUUGCGUAGAAAGUGGUGUACACCACUUUCUAGCCCUGUUUUGUGCGUACGCAAGCUUUAUAAAUGAGGCCCCUGGACCGUUGCCUGGAAUCGUCUACAAGACUCAGUGUUUUCAAAGCCUACCAUCCAGUUGCUGUAUCAUCAGAGUCAAAGCUGUUGGAUCCUACAAAGCCUGAGUUCCUGCAAUGGAAAGAUACCUUAUGUUUUCUGUUUUUUUCUAUGUUAUUUUUUCUGGUUAUUUUUAUGUGUUUAUAUGUCUUAAAGCAGUUGGAUAAAACAGCUGACAGGUAAGCGGGUUUGGAGGAUCUCUCUCUGAAUAACAGAACUCAAAGUGCAGUCUUCUACCAGUAUUCUGUCUCAUAGUUUUACCAAAAGGUGAUCCAGAUCCGUUUCAAAUCAGUCGUCCGUUAAGAAUCAACAAAGACCUGUAAAUGAUGUUAAUCUGUGUUUGUUUGCUGGAUCAGUAAGUUCCCAUCAGUCUCUGCGGUUCUGAUGACCAUCUGCACAUCUGACCUGUUGCUGCGUAAAGCCUUAUGAUUGGACCUUUAAAGUGAAGGGCAGCGUCAGGUGAAAAGUAUGUGGAGGAAACAUCUUCAUCCUCUCUCUGAUUCUUUAUUAUGAACUGAAAAACUGUCAGAAACACUGAGUUAUGUUAAUUCAUCUGGUUUUGUCUGCCCAAACACAUUAAGUUCACCCACACAGAUGUAUUUUAUUUUAUUUAUAAAGCUGGAAUCGAAAUAAGUUUUUCUAAUAAUGUCUUUGAUGAUAAUCAGUUGUUAAAACUGCUGCUGAUUGUUCAUGUUUCCAUGUGCAGAUUUUUACUUGUGAUUAAAUGAAUUGUUAUGUGAGACAUGGGAUGAAAGAGUCCAGAUCAGGUGUCCAGAGCCAGAUCUGUCCUCUUCAUUCCAGUUCUGAUCCAAACAUCCAGAAACACUUGACUCAACACACGAGGUAGAUGACCUGCAGCAUGAGCAGGUAUUUCUUUAAGAUAAAACACAGAAAUGCAGAGUUUCACUGUGUAAACAUUGAUGGAAAUGUUUGCAGCUUUACCUGAAUGUGACAGGGAUCUGUGGAUAAACUCAGGCAGUCUCCAGCUUCCAAAGCAUGUCAGAUAUUUUGAGUGUCAUUACCUGGUUUAAUUUUUUUCUCCUUAUCAAAGCCGAACCAAAUACAGUGAGCUGAACGGACCAAAUACUGAAGGCAGACGGAAAUAUUCAAGACAGAGUUUCUUCAUUUCAUCAUUCAUCUCAUUUCAGUGACAAAUGAGAUAAUGGGUCAAUAUGUAAUUGCAGGACUUUUUGUGUCAUAGUUGACAUUUUUGCUGUUUUCAGGCCUAAAACCAACAUGGCCGCCUAUAACCAAACACCACAUGGUAUUUUUAGAGAAAGAUUCUUCUAGAUAUUAUAUAUACAUGAGUAAAAUGGAAAGUUAUUUCUAAAGAUGUAGUAAACCUGUUGACUACUUUAUAUUAAAUAACUGAGAAAGCC